GUGCGCGUGCGGGCGAAGAAUGGCGUGGGCUGGUCUUUGGCCGAACCUGCCCAAAUCAGCUGCAGGAACCAUGUGCGGAUAGAGUUCAAGGUGCCAAGCAACUUCGGGCAAGAAGAGCACAUCAGCAAAGUGCGCGCAGAGCAGGCCGGCGUUCUGGUCUGGAACGAACUCCCCUCGCAGUCCUUGGAAUUUGAGCAUUUGGAGGGCGUCGAAGCACAUUCUGCUGAGCCAGCACCUGAGGAUAUCGACUUGGGCCCAUUCUGGAAUGCGGAACUAAAGCUGAGAGCCUUUGCAGUGGUGAUACGCGGUUUGGAACCGAAUUGUCAUUACAACUUUCGUCUGGAUGUGGCGAACGAGGUCGGAUGGGGCCGUGGUAAGUCGGAAGCAUUUUCCUGCCACACCGUUUGCCGGCCUGAUGUUCCCCAGCUACGGGAGGGCCCACACCGUGUACCCUACGAGCUCAGGGUUUGUUGGGACCAGAGGGAUCCCUUGGGCGGGGCUGUGCUCGAUUGGGAAGCCCAGAUUUGCGAGUCUUCUCUCUUCGCCCUUUUUUCGAGCUGGACCGUGCCGAAGGACUUCUCGGUUUUGCGACAGCCCACGCUUCACGACAUGGUCUGUGAAGAUGAGGAGCUGGCAAUCAACACGACCUGGGAAGCCAGCUUCGGAUGCUUGAAGCCUGCCGUGGAGUAUGUCAUGCGCGUACGGACAGGCAACACGGCGGGCUGGUCUGACUGGUCAGAGCCUUUGAAGGCUUUCACAGCGCGCCCACCAACCAUCAGCAGGUGUCUACUUGCGCAGGUUCCAGGUUACCUACCUGGCGGUCAGGCAGACUGGGUCGUUGAUGUUAUGCUUGAUGACCGUGGCUCGGAUACGUUCCUUUGCGCUGUUGACUUUGACUGCACUUCCCGUGAUGCAUCCUUCGUCGAUACGAAAAGUAGCCUGAAGACGAGCACAGUAGCAAGGAAUGUUGUCCAGAGCAGUUGGAGAGCACGCUUUCCGGGAGAUGCACUUCCGACCUCUAUGAGCAAGAAGGUUUCGGUCACGGUAAGUGCUGCGAAUGAUGCUGGCUGGAGUUUCAACAUUCAGAAGACCUCUGAGGAUGCAGAUUUCAAGGCGUCCUUUGCCAGCUGGGACAUGCCUUCUGCUUCCAGCUCGCCUAGCGCCUUACCUGCUGCCAGUGACUCAAGAGCCCAGUCAGCAACCUUUAAAAUUUUGAGCAAUCCACAUUCAACUCGCGAGCCAGGAACUGCAGCACUUUUGCUGGGUAAGUUUUCUGCAAGCAAGGUGAACUUGGCCAUGCAUUCAAUGCCUUCCUGGCAAUCGCGGAAGAGAAGCUGA